AUGUCUUAUGAGGUAUCUGCGGUGCGACCCAGCUCGGUGUCGUCUGGCGGCGGAGCGAUCGUCACGGUGGACGGGGCUGGGUUCGACCCGGAGCCAGGCGCCACCGCUGUCACCAUCGGAGGCGCCGCCUGCCGCGUGCUGACGGCCACCUCCACGCGGCUGACGUGUGCCGCGCCCCCCGAGAGUGACACCGCCGCCCAGACACAGGGCGGCUCCGGCCUGCUGUACGAGCUGUGGCUGGACGCCGAGGUCAGUGACCUCGGUGACCUGUCCGCGCUGACCCCUGACUCGGACGGGUACCACUCGGAGGUACUGCUCGGCGCUGCCGUCACCAACAACUCGUUCGGCCAGGCGGCUGCGGAGGGGAGCAGGUUCGUCGGGCGUCUGGGCGGCUGGCUGCGGGCGCCGCACGCCGGCCAGUACGUGCUGACCCUGAGGUCAGACGGCGCCGGCCAGCUGCGCACCGGACCGGCGCCCGGCGAACUGGAGACGACCCCAGUGGUGGAGACCAGCGGCAACUUUGAGAGCGUACAAAAGUCCGCCCUGAUCAACAUGACCGAUGGACAGCUGACCUAUUUUGAGGCCACUCACAAGGAAGGCUCGUCGGCGGGCGGGUACCGUCUGCAGGUGGGUCUGAUCGACUACCAGACCCCGGUGACCCGGGACCAGACCACCGCAGCCACCACCGACUCACAGACCAUCUACAUCAAGGGAGACCUCCGUCUCGAACAGCAGGUUCUGUCGUUCGAGGGUGUGCCGUCAGCCGCUCUGAGCUCGGUGCAGCUCGAGUACAACGGCGUCCUGUCGCAGACUCCGGUCGAUGCCAACACAGCCACAAACGAAACGUGGAGGACAGCCGUGGAGAAUAUGUUCGCGGCGCAGUGCGCGUACGCCGCCAUGGACCAGGCCUGGGUGCGGAGCUAUGAGGAACAAUCCCCGCCAACCGGCUCCGAAACAGGAACGCGGCAGAGCGAGGCCGUUGAGCCGUGGUGCGGCUCCUGGGUGCUGUACAAGCCCUGGAACAAACUGUGGAGGGCCGGCACAGACCAGGAGAUCCGGCUGCCCCGACACCGCUGGUCGCUGUCUGUUGUCUGUUUCCACAGUUCUGUCUAG